UGGCGGUGUCAUUUUGGCUGGACAAACGAUAAAGUUGAUCAUGUCGAGCACCUUCUUCGGAGCGCUCACACAGGGCGCCAAGUUCGGCGGCGCUAAGUUCCAGAAUGACAAGCAGCAAUUCAAGCAUCUCAACAAAGCCACAGGAGCCGGGAAGGAAGCUAAGAAAACUGUGGAAGUUGACGAGCUGGAUUUUUUCGGCUUCAAUGAGGCUCCGAAGCCCAAGGAGAAGGCGUCCAAGCCGCGCAAAAUAAGCGUCGACAUGGUGCCAGAAUGGGCCGGUAACGAGGCAGCCAGUAAGACUCGCAAGGUGAGAGGCAGCAAACCUCGUCGCAAGCGCAAGCUGAGCGAAGGCGCAUUGGAGGAGCAGCGUCUGGAGAAUGAGGCGCGACAACAGGCAUCGCAGCUGCUCGCUCCGCCCAAGACCAAGGCUGACAAGCGCAAAGAGAAGCGUGCUCGUCGUCGCUCGCGCACGGAAUCGAUGGGAAGUGAAGCGACAUCGCAGCAGUCGGAGGAUUCUGAGGCUGAUAGUGACAGCGAGGUGGAAGAGGAUGACGACGAGGCUGUGACUCUAUUUAAGUCGAACGGCGAAGUCGCGGACGAGGAAAUGACUGAUGCAAAGGCGGCAAAGAAGGCAAAGAAAGAUGCCAAGAAGGCGGACAGGAAAAAUACUGUGGCUGCCGAACAGGAGGAAGUUCAGAUGCUUCGACGUCAGCUUGGUAUUCGCGUGAGCGGAGUCAGUGUGCCGGCACCGAUUACGUCAUUUGCUGACAUGCGGUUGGACUCGAGUGCGAGUGCGCAGCAGAUGAAGCGUCUACUUCUACAGAAUAUCGAGCGCUCCGAGUACAAGGAGCCGACGUCAGUGCAGAUGCAAGCCAUUCCGAGCUUUUUGCUCCGACGCGACGUGCUGGCCACAGCACCUACAGGUUCCGGCAAGACGGCAGCUUUUGCGAUCCCAAUCCUAGCGAACCUGGCAGCUGGUAGCGGUACAAGCAGCGGCAUCCGCUCGAUCGUUUUGGCUCCUACUCGUGACCUGGCGGUGCAGAUUCGUGCCGAGUUCACGCGCCUCGCUGCCGGUAAAAAGCUGCACAUCACACUGCUGUCCAAGGCUACAGCUGCUACCAUUGCGUCCCAGACCAAGAGCAAGCUGGCGGUUAACCACGAUGUCCUGAUUGCCACCCCACUGCGACUCGUACACCUGAUCCAAGAGUCGAAGGUCGAUUUGUCUACUGUUGAGAUGGUGUGUUUGGAUGAGGCCGACAGACUGCUGGAGCUGGGUUUCGUGGAGCAGGUUGAUGAGAUUUUUGCUGCUUGCACUCACCCCAGGGUCCAGCGAGCCAUGUUUAGCGCUACGAUGCUGGAGGGAGUCGAGGAGCUGGCUCAAACUGUGCUGCGUGACCCUGUCAAGGUGGCUGUGGGCACGAAAAAUGCUGGUGCAAGUACGAUUGAUCAGAAACUGGUUUUCGUUGGCAAGGAGGAAGGAAAACUUGUUGCUAUGAAGCAAUUGCUGCAGGAGGGACUCCAGCUUCCGGCACUGCUAUUUGUACAGAACAAGGAACGUGCCAAUGAGCUAUACCACGAACUGCUGUAUGACGGAGUGAAUAUUGGCGCUGUUCACGCAGACCGUACAAAGGAGCAGCGCGACGAUGUGAUUCGACGUUUCCGUACUGGAGAAGUGUGGGUGCUCAUCUGUACAGACCUUAUGAGCCGUGGUAUGGACUUCAAGGCCGUCAACAUGGUCAUCAAUUACGAUUUCCCACAGAGUGCUGUGAGUUACAUUCACCGAAUCGGUCGUACCGGCCGAAAUGGACGCAAGGGCAAGGCAGUCACGUUCUUCACCGAAGAUGACAUGGUUUACCUGCGUACGAUCGCUAAUGUGAUGAAGAUAUCGGGUUGUGAGGUCCCCGACUGGAUGCUUUCACUCAAGAAGGCUAGGUACGCAGAAUUCGCUGGUUAUGAUGCUGUUGCUGUCACGUGGCUUACUUAUUCUUCUUUGCAGUGUAUCGAAGAGGAAGGAGCUUCUCAAGGCACCGCCCACGCGUCAUCGUAUUAACACGGUAUCUGGAUACGACCUCCAGAAGGCAAACCGUCUGAAGCAGAUGAAGCAGGCGAAACACAAGAAGGACGGCGAGUCCAACAACAACUCUGAGUCAGAGCCUGCUGGCGAUGAGAAGAAUAACUCUGGAAAGAAGAAACGUAAAAAACAGAACCCGAAAAGCGAGUGAAUAGGCUAGGGAUAGAUGCGAACAAAUGAAUUUGUCGCUUUGAGUUGCACUUGAGGAAUCUGGA